AUGAUUGCCAUCAUCAUCCUCCUUGUGGCCGUCAUCGCUCUGAUCAUCGGUCUCAGCGCCGCAGGUAACAGCACCACCAAUGAUGUGACGACAUCGAACACAGUGGCGCAGAUCUCCGGCAAUGUGAUUCUCGGCUGCAUGUUCACGCCGGACCCCAAAAAGUCCAGCGACGUGCUGUGGGAGAAGGACGGGGUCACCGGCAGCGUCUACAAAUACGAGAACGGGAAGGUCUCCUUGACCAACCAGAACAGCGCCUUCAAGGGACGGACCUCGCUCUUCCUGACUGAGCUGGUGAACGGGAACGCCUCCCUGAAGCUCAGCAAUGUGCCGCUGAACGACGCCGGGACCUACAAAUGCACCAUCACCAAUUCCAAGGGGACGGGAUCCAACAAGCUGAGCCUCAACGUGGGGGCAUUCACCCCCAUCACAGUGACCAACACCACCCCAACCACCCUGCGCUGUGAGUCUCCCAGCUGGUACCCCAAACCGACCGUCACCUGGCUGAACAGCACGUCCCAAGAAGAUCUCACCAACUCCUCCAUCACCAAAUACGUCUCGGGGCUCAGCGUUAUGGUUGAGGUGAUAUCGGACUUCACAGGCGCCGUGGAGGACAUGCAGUACGCCUGCAUCAUAAAAAACAAUUUGGCCCAGGCGCAGGCCCAAGCCAAGUUCACAGUCACAGGUCUGAAGACCGACACGCGCCUGGAUAUCAUCAGCUCAGCCGCCAUUUUGUCUCCCUCCGUUGUCCUCCUAAAUGAUCAUUCACACCGUAAGAGGACUCCGAUGGGAGGACACGAGCUGGACUCUCUCUUCUCUGCAGCUUUGGAAAUAUCUUUCAGGGUCUGGAGAACCUUUUUGUUGGACUUGAACAUUUCCUUCUAA